AUGAAUUCGGUCCCGGUAUUUCGCUUCUCAAAAUUGUCCUUUGGCGUCGCCCGGACAAGCAUACGGCAUGGCCACACGCGGUCGCGACGCAGGACGCCCCAGCAUGAGCUCACCAACUUUGAGCCGGGCCACGGCGAGCAGAUUUGGGUCUGGAGCCACCUGACCUCGAACCAGGUCAUCUACUCGCACACUAAGCAGCUCGAGUCCCACCGAGCUCUCAAACAACUCCCCUUCAACGGCAAGAAGUCCAAACCCGCAAAACUCCGCCGCGACUACUGGGCCCCCAUGGCCCUCAUCCAGCUCCCCGCCGGCGCCGGCGCAGCAGGCCAGUCCGUCUUCCAAAAGCUCCGCGAGUUCCGCCGCAUGCACGAGCUCGCCUGGGAGGACGACCUCCUCUACAGGGAGAAGCGCACCGAGCUCCUCAAGCCAAAGGCCAUCAAGCCGUGGGGUGCCAAGAAGAACGCCGACCUCGUCCGCGUCCGCAAAAUCGUCCGUAACCGCCACGAGCGCUCCCUAGCCCUCAACGACCAGCGCGCAAACUCCAUCGCCGACAUGGCCGCCGUCCUCGCCGGUUUUGGCAGAGGUAACCGCCUCAUCGUCAGCAGCCGCGAGAAGAAGGCCGUGCUCGAGGAGGGCAAGGCGCUGGAGGGCCGCAAGUGGUCCAAGGCGCCGCCGGCCAAGACAGCACUCGUCAGCCAGUCUGGCGGAGAGGAGGUAGAGGGCACCACCAAGGCGCCGGCCGUCGAUGAGCUGCUGCCCGCGACGAUAUACUGGGCCAACGAGGACGACCGCAACUUUGCGCAAGAGUGGUCCGGCAACGUCACGCACGACCUGUUCCAGGACGCCAAGGCGCUCUUGGAGGAGAACCAGUUCGACCCCGAGGAGGAGGCUGUCGCCGAGGUGGAGGCGCCCAAGCCGGUCGCGGAGCCCGUGCAGGGCGCUGGGGACGAUACCAACUACAGCAUCAAGGAGCCGGCGGCGGAGGAGAACAAGGAGGAGGGCAAGGAGGAGAAGGGCGAGAAAGACAGCAAGGCUGACACCAAGGCAUAG